CCCCCGGCCCGCGCCGCGCUCUCCCGCCGGGGCCUCCGCCUUCCUCCCCCCUCCAUUUCCCUGGAAUCUCAGCGCGGCACGCCUGCACCCCGGCGCUCCUCUGGGUGGGGAAGCUCCCGGCCGCUUGCUGGCUUCACUCCUUCCUCGCAGCCGGGGCUCCCAGCCCCCUCGCUUCUUUUCCUGGACUGGGUCCCACCCGCUUCGGUCUCCUUCCUUUAGCUCAGGUUCCCUGCUUCUUCCCGUAGUCCCCGCUCCUCAGUCACUUGCUCAGCCCAGGUCCCAGCCUCCCCGCUUCCUUUUCCUUGCAACCCAUCCUCUCCCUUCCUCUGUCCUAGGCGCAGUCCGGUCCCCACCCUCCGCUCCCCUGGCCUGGAGGCCCAGACCUUGCGGUCUCCAGCUGUGGUCCUUCCUGGGUCCCUGUCCUUCUUGCUCAGCUUGGAGUUCUAGAUCGAGAACCCAGCCUCCCUCCACCCCCAGAGGACUGCUUCCACACAAAAAGACCUCUCUAGAACAUGAACUUUCCCUAGAGACUACCCCAGUCUCUCUUCCCACCCGCUGACCCCCUUGCCACCUAUGUCCCAGGUCUUACUCUCACUUUGCUAAGGGUCAAGGCCUACUGGGCUGAGGGAGGGAGGAUGCUUCUGUGGUCUGGCGUCUGGGGUCCCUCUCUGCCUCGAGUCUUCUCUUCCUUGCUCGUGGUCGUAGCCUUGGUGGGGCUACUGCCUGUUCUCAGGAGCCAUGGCCUCCAGCACAGUCCUACCGCCAGCACCAUCCGAGGCUCAGAGCCGCCACGGGAACGCUCAAUUGGGGAUGUCACCACGGCCCCACCGGAUUUCACCCCCGAGAGCCACCCUGUCAACCAUUCCAUCACUGAGCACAGCCCGAAGACGCGAAAGCCCUUUCCAGUCCUGGGCAUCGACUACCCACACGUGCAGACACCCUUCGAGAUCUCCCUCUGGAUCCUGCUGGCCUGCCUCAUGAAGAUAGGUUUCCAUGUGAUUCCCACAAUCUCGAACAUCGUCCCGGAGAGCUGCCUGCUGAUCGUGGUGGGGCUGCUGGUAGGGGGCCUGAUCAAGGGUGUGGGUGAGACACCCCCCAUCCUACAGUCGGACGUCUUCUUCCUCUUCCUGCUGCCACCCAUCAUCCUGGACGCAGGCUACUUCCUGCCGUUGCGGCAGUUCACAGAGAACCUGGGCACCAUCCUGAUCUUCGCCGUGGUGGGCACGCUGUGGAACGCCUUCUUCCUGGGCGGCCUCAUGUACGCCGUGUGCCUGGUGGGUGGCGAGCAGAUCAACAACAUCGGCCUCCUGGCGAACCUGCUCUUUGGCAGCAUCAUCUCGGCCGUGGACCCCGUGGCCGUGCUGGCUGUCUUUGAGGAAAUUCACAUCAACGAGCUGCUACAUAUCCUCGUCUUUGGGGAGUCCCUGCUCAAUGACGCCGUCACUGUGGUCCUGUAUCACCUCUUUGAGGAGUUUGCCAACUAUGACCGCGUGGGCAUUGUGGACAUCGUCCUCGGCUUCCUGAGUUUCUUCGUGGUGUCCCUGGGCGGGGUCUUUGUGGGCGUGGUCUACGGGGUCAUCGCGGCCUUCACCUCCCGAUUCACGGCCCACAUUCGUGUCAUCGAGCCGCUCUUCGUCUUCCUCUACAGCUACAUGGCCUACCUGUCAGCUGAGCUCUUCCACCUGUCGGGCAUCAUGGCACUCAUUGCCUCGGGAGUGGUGAUGCGCCCCUACGUGGAGGCCAACAUCUCCCACAAGUCCCACACAACCAUCAAGUAUUUUCUGAAGAUGUGGAGCAGUGUCAGUGAGACCCUCAUCUUCAUCUUCCUCGGCGUCUCCACCGUGGCCGGCUCCCACCACUGGAACUGGACCUUUGUCAUCAGCACCCUGCUCUUCUGCCUCAUCGCCCGCGUGCUGGGUGUGCUGGGCCUGACCUGGUUCAUCAACAAGUUCCGCAUCGUGAAGCUGACGCCCAAGGACCAGUUCAUCAUUGCCUACGGGGGCCUGCGCGGGGCCAUCGCCUUCUCCCUGGGCUACCUGCUGGACAAGAAGCACUUCCCCAUGUGCGACCUGUUCCUCACUGCCAUCAUCACCGUCAUCUUCUUCACCGUGUUUGUGCAGGGUAUGACCAUUCGGCCCCUGGUAGACCUUUUGGCUGUGAAGAAAAAGCAAGAAACGAAGCGCUCCAUCAACGAGGAGAUCCAUACGCAGUUCCUGGACCACCUUCUGACAGGCAUCGAGGACAUCUGUGGCCACUACGGCCACCACCACUGGAAGGACAAGCUCAACCGGUUUAACAAGAAGUAUGUGAAGAAGUGCCUGAUAGCCGGCGAGCGCUCCAAGGAGCCCCAGCUCAUCGCUUUCUACCACAAGAUGGAGAUGAAGCAGGCUAUCGAGCUGGUGGAAAGUGGUGGCAUAGGCAAGAUCCCCUCUGCUGUCUCCACCGUCUCCAUGCAGAACAUCCAUCCCAAGAACCUGCCUGCUGAGCGCAUCCUGCCAGCACUCUCCAAGGACAAGGAGGAGGAGAUUCGAAAAAUCCUGAGGAACAACUUGCAGAAGACCAGGCAGAGGCUGCGGUCUUACAACAGACACACGCUGGUGGCAGACCCCUACGAGGAGGCCUGGAACCAGAUGCUGCUCCGGAGACAGAAGGCCCGGCAAUUGGAACAGAGGAUCAACAACUACCUGACGGUGCCAGCCCACAAACUGGACUCGCCCACCAUGUCUCGGGCCCGCAUCGGCUCAGACCCGCUGGCCUAUGAGCCGAAGGCUGACUUGCCAGUCAUCACCAUCGACCCCGCCUCCCCACAGUCGCCCGAGUCUGUGGACCUGGUGAAUGAGGAGCUGAAGGGCAAGGUCCUCGGGCUGAACCGGGACCCCAGGGUGGCCGUUGAGGAGGAUGAUGACGGGGGCAUCAUGAUACGGACCAAGGAGCCCUCUUCCCCCGGCACUGACGACGUCUUCACCUCUGGGCCCAGUGACAGCCCCAGCUCCCAGAGGAUACAGCGCUGCCUCAGCGACCCAGGCCCCCAUCCUGAGCCUGGGGAGGGAGAGCCUUUCAUCCCCAAGGGGCAGUAGCGCUGGGGCCAGUGGGCCAUGCCUGUCCCACCAAAGACUCUCCCACCAGAGCAGGGGCUGCUGGGAGCUGGGGGGCCUCCCCUCCUCCUUCCUGACCUGCAUGGCAGCUGGGCCCAGCACGGCUUCCCCCUGCCUCCUGGGAAGCACCCCCCGCCACCACCACCAGAACUGCCUUCCCCAUCCACUCGGCAGAACUGCUGGGCUGUGAGCAGACCUGCCCCUUCCUGUCCGGCUCUCCCAUCCCCAGAGGAGGGCCUCCCAUCCCCAGAGGAGGGCCUCGAGUUUCCCGGACCUCGGUGCCCCUCCUCCUCCGUCACCCUCCUCAUGCAAACCAGUCCUAGUUUCUAACCAAAGAGCCUCUGGCUCAGCCGGGGUCCCACCUGGGAAGGGGAGGAGCCCAGGCCUCUCUCGGCCUAGGCCAGGCCCUUCAUUAACGGAGGAAAAAUGAGGGGGAGCAGAUAUCUGACCCACCCUCCUGCCAGCUUUGUCAUCCUGGCCAGCGACCCUGACACGCCCCUUCUCAGAGCUGCACCCCUGAGCUUCUCUGUGUGGAGCUGGGGCGCCUUGGACCGUGAGUAACAGCUUUCCAGAUUGCUCCGCGGGGACCAGUGAGCGCUCGGCAGCUGGUGUCAGGAGAGAGGCCAUCACAGGCUCAGACAGUGCUGCCUUUUUAUCUGUUUUGUUUGUCCCACUUCCAUGUAUGACCUGUUUGCACAGAGGCCAUUCCUGUUUGUAAGACAUUUUCAAAGCCCCUGGCCAUGCCUGUCCCACCACAGACUCUCCCACCGGAGCAGGGGCUGCUGGGAGCUGGGGGGCCUCCCCUGACCUGCAUGGCCCUCCUCCAGAGAAUCCCCCUCAUUUGGGCCCGUCUGCCCAACACUCCCCAAGUCGGUCCUCUACCUCCUGGACCCAUAACUGUGGCCCCAAAACCCUGAUUUCAGAAGUGAACCCCCAUAUCCAAUCAUGGUCCUCUCCCACUCACAGAUGCUGGGCCGUCUGGUACUUUGCUCUUGGGCCUGCCCCUCAGUCCUGCUGGCCUGUUCUGUCUCUCAUCCCUCCCAUCAGCCCCAGGAACCUCUCCCUCUUAGGUUCCCCGCACCCAGCUGGCUGUGGAGCCCACACCUCAGGGGAGCAGACCUCCCCUGAGCAUCGCCCACCCAGCUAGGGCUGGUGGGGGACAGAGUCCUAGGCUCCCAGGGGCCUUUGCCCACAGGCACACACUCCCAUCCCCACUGCUACCAUGGCCAGGCCCAGGGGGAGUGGUGUCUGUCCUCCCCGGGUCACUCCCCCAGGAUCGUGCAAUAGUCAGAGUCCCCCUUCCCAGUGGACUGGGCAGCGGGUGCUCAUCUGUCCCCUCUCCAUGCAAGUGCUGUUUUGGGCCGGAGUCACCAUGUAAGGGUGACGUGACAGCCAUGUUCAAAGCCACCACAGCUGCUGCUGCUCUGCCGCCUGUACAGAAGAAACCAAAAUUUUUUCAUAUUCUAAUAAAUCCAUAUGAGUUUUUAA